AGCGAGAGAUAGAGUACGUAUUAAGAGUGUUUAAUUUUGCAUGUGUUUGUGUCUAAUCCACUCAAUUGGAAAAUAGCCGGCAUACAAAGCUGCACUUAUCUCUUUCAAACACACAUCAGCAUUAUUCGUAUUCAUAUUUCAUGCUGUGAAAAGAUUAUAUACUUCAAUUCUACAUAUAAAUAUCUGCGACUCUCCAGCUGAAUUAUUCAGUUUCAAUAACACUGCUGAAGUUUACUUGACAGCAAUAAUGGCCAACCCAAAUCAAAAAAUUGUCUACACAAAGCUUUUCAUCAAUAACGCUUUUGUUGAUGCGCAAUCCGGUAAAAAGUUUGCAACUUUGAAUCCAGUGACGGGAAAAACUCUGGCAGAGGUCGCUGAGGCCGAUAAAGCUGACGUUGAUUUGGCCGUUAGCGCGGCAAAAAAAGCAUUCGAACGUGGAUCGGAAUGGCGUAAUUUAGAUGCAUCACAACGUGGACGACUCAUAAAUAAAUUGGCCGAUUUGAUUGAAGAGCAUAAAACCGAACUAGCCAGCUUGGAAGUGUUGGACAAUGGAAAACCUUUUGCCGAAGCUGAUUUUGAUAUUCAGUGUUCCAUUGAUACUUUUCGGUAUUAUGCCGGUUGGUGUGAUAAAAUUCACGGCAAUACAAUUCCAGCCGAUGGUGGCAGCUUAGCAGUAACUCUCAAAGAAGCCGUCGGCGUCGUAGGUCAAAUCAUACCUUGGAACUACCCACUUUUAAUGCUAGCUUGGAAAUUCGCACCAGCAUUGGCUGCAGGCUGUACAAUUGUGUUGAAGCCAGCAGAACAAACUCCAUUGUCUGCAUUGUUUGCUGCAGCAUUGUCUAAACAAGCUGGCUUUCCAGAUGGUGUUAUCAAUGUUGUGCCGGGCUUUGGUGAGACGGCCGGCCAUGCAAUUGUCAACCAUCCCGAUGUCCGCAAAGUUGCAUUCACUGGAUCAACUGAAGUUGGUCGUAUAAUUGCAGAAACUGCAGCCAAAUCAAAUUUGAAAAAAGUGUCACUUGAGCUUGGAGGCAAAAGUCCACUGGUUGUCAUGGAAGAUGUCGAUCUGGAUGAAGCUGUUGAAAUUGCUCACAAUGCAUUAUUUGCUAAUCAUGGACAGUGUUGCUGUUGUGGCAGUCGUACUUUUGUACAGGAAAAAGUCUAUGAUGCAUUUGUCGCAAAAUCUGUUGAGCUCACUUUGAAACGAAAGGUUGGCAAUCCAUUCAGCACCGAUGUACAACAAGGUCCUCAAAUCGAUGCUGAAAGUCAGCAAAAAAUUCUGAAGUACAUUGAAUUGGGCAAAAAAGAAGGCGCCAAAUUGGAAUGUGGUGGAAAGAAAUGGUCGAACGAAGGAUAUUUCGUCGAACCAACCAUUUUCUCAAGCGUCACUGACAAUAUGACCAUCGCACAAGAGGAGAUUUUCGGACCGGUACAAUCGAUAUUAAAAUUCAAAACCUUGGACGAAGUUAUUGAACGUGCCAAUAAAACUACGUAUGGUUUGGCUGCUGGUAUUUUAACCAAAAAUAUUGAUUGGGCUUUUACAUUUGCCCGUGCCGUUGAAGCUGGUUCGGUAUGGAUUAACUGCUUCGAUGCAACAACUGCUCAAACUCCGUUUGGUGGUUAUAAGCAAUCUGGACAUGGUCGCGAACUUGGUGAGGAUGGUCUUGAGCCCUAUCUUGAGACUAAAACAAUUGUCGUCAAACUUCCAACCAAAAACUAAAUUCUUUCACAAGCCAAAGAGGCUUCCUUAAACCACACAAAUGAAUAUUAUUUUCAAGUAUUUUUUUUUAAUAUAAUUUAUCGCAUCAAUCCUAUUAAUGAAACUCGUAACCAAUAAAUAAAAUCGAACGUUUAAUAACACUACAA